GUUAAUAUCCGGGCUCCGGAGUAUAUAAGAGAUGCUGAAAAUCCUAAUUCUUCACCCUCGGAGAUCCUCUCAGCCCUAGCUAGGUGCCGCCGCCGUUCUCCGACUUCUCCCCGUUCCGAGCAGCCAUGGCACCGAAGAAGGAGAAGGCUCCACCUCCGUCGUCGAAGCCCGCCAAGUCCGGCGGCGGCGGCAAACAGAAGAAGAAGAAGUGGAGCAAGGGAAAGCAAAAGGAGAAGGUCAACAACAUGGUGCUUUUUGACAAGGCCACUUACGAUAAGCUUCUCUCUGAUGCCGCCAAAUACAAGCUAAUUACUCCCUCUGUGCUGUCAGAACGUCACAGGAUAAAUGGCUCGCUUGCUAGAAAGGUAAUCAUUGAAUUGGUGGAAAGAGGGUUGAUUAGGGAGGUGUCUGUACAUGCAAGCCAGCAGAUAUACACCAGAGCAACCAACUCUUGAGACGUUCAACUUUUGUAUUGAGAAUUCAUGUGGUCACUCUUAUCACUCUCUGCUCUUGUGCUUUGAGUUUAGAAUGUCUUCCCUUUUUUUGAAUUCGCGCAUGUCUACAUUUUUCAACAACUACUACAUGACUACUAGUACCAGGGAUGAAGUUGUUUUGUUCACAUUUUAGACUUUAAUGUAUUGUUUUUGCAUGUUGAUUUUCUGGUGUUUUCCCCAUGGCU